AUGGAUUUAGACUUAAAGUUACAUGAAAAUUAUUUUUUAAACAUAAUAAAAGAAAAGCUAGGAAAUAAAUAUAGUGAAAAUGAUGUAUGUAGUAAAUAUGAAUCCAUAUUUCUUAGUGGUAUUUUUUGGGUUCUUAGCGGACUUUGUAUGGUGAAGAAAAACAGAAUGAAUUUAGACGAAGUACUAGACAAGAAAAUAAUAGACACUUUAUACAAAUUAGUAAUGCAGAGUUUACAAAAAAAAAAAAUUAAAGAAAAAUACAUUUAUAAGUUAAAAAAAGAAAAAUAUUUUUUAUCUAAUGAGGAUAUUAAUAGAAUAGUUGCUACAUCUAAAUGUGACCCUAGCUAUUUUAAUAAAAAUGUUUCUGCAAUGGGAAAUAGUAGUGGUGGUAAAAUCGAGUCAGAAAAUGAGAGAAUUUCUUCCAACUUUUUUAUUGAAAAAAGUGUUCAUCAAAUCGAAAAUAUUAAUUCUCGAAAUGAAAGCAAAACAGAUAAUUGCAAUGUUGUAAUGAGUGCGGUAACUGAAAAGAUGAGUAACCAAAAAAUCUCAUCUGUCGAAAGCAUGAAUAGUAAACAGACGGAUAGUACACAAUAUGUAAAUAAAAUGGAAGGCAAAGAACUUAAAAUAAUUAUGAAUAUGACAUCUUUAGGUAAAAGAAAAAAAAAGAAAUUCCAUUUGACAGGAUUUAGCCCCUGUGGCAAAAUAUGUUUAUAUGAAGCAAAUGUAAUAUCAACAUUAAGUGCUAUUCAAAUUUUAUUCUUAUUAAAUAAAAUAAGUGAAGAUGAUAUAAGCACGAAUAUACUAUUAGAAAUAUAUAAUUUUUUAUAUUUUAUUCUUGAUGAAGAGAAAGGAUUUUAUCAUUUUUCUUUAAACAGUACACGAUUUCAUUAUGAUGGCGAUAUGCGUUUUAUGUUUUGCUCUCUCUCAGUCUUAUAUUUUAUAAAUCUUUUAUUAAAGAAAAGAAAUAUAUAUAUGAACUUAUAUAACAAUAACGAGAAAUGUGCGCAGUGGAUAUUAACAUGUUUUAAUCUAGAUGGAGGAUUUUCUAAUUUCCCAGGUUCAGAAUCACAUGCAGGUACUACAUUUUGUGCCAUCAAUUCCUUAAACAUGCUAAGAGCUAACAGUAAUGGGAACUACAUAUUGGAUAAUGUCAUAGUACGGGAAAAAUUAAUUAGAUGGCUUUGUGAUAGGUGUGACAACUUGGGCAUUAAUGGGCGAGUAGGAAAAGAGCACGAUGUAUGUUACGCUUGGUGGGUUUUGGGAAGUUUAGUUUCAUUGAAAACAAAUUUAAGUGAAUUAUUCAAUGUGAAUAUAUUAAUAAAUUUUAUUUUGAAGUGCCAAGAUCAACAGAAAGGUGGUUUUUCCAGAACUGAAAAUAAGGAUAAUUAUUUUAAAAAAAAACACUUCUUUAAUAUUUAUGAAAAAGAAAUGUUAUCUCACCAAGAAGUGGAUCUGUUUCACACAUUUUUUGCCUUGUGUGCUUUGUCUCUUAUAUAUCAAAAUAUUUGUUAUUAUAAAAAGAAGCAAAGAAAAAAAUAUAAAUUCUUUGAUGAUGUUGUAAUCCCGAUGCAUUUAGAAUCUAUUCUGAAUGAUAUGGCAAAAAUACACCAGUUUCUAGCAAUGCCUAUUCAUAUGACAUACUAG